GGCCUUUUGAUCCGUGGAGCGAGUGCAGAGAUAGGCCUCUUUGUCGUGUGUCUUCGUGGAGGCAGAUAGGCUCAGGUGAACCUCGAGAUUCCGAAGUUUUCCAAUUUAGGAAGAAUUAAUAUAAAUAAUGGCAUUCCGUGGAAAUAACAGAUUUGGCAGCAACAAUGGAAGGAAUGGCUUUGGAGGCAACAAUGGAAAAGUGGGUUUUGGAGGGAAUCAAGGAAGGAAUGGGUUUGGAGGCAACAAUGGUAGGACUGGUUUUGGAGGAGGAGAUCGCAGAGGAGGAAACGGUUUCACUGGCGGUGCAGAUCGCAGGGGAAGUGGCCCUGGUGCUGGAAGCAAUUUGAAGGGCAAGCAGCCAGGUGGAGGGCUAGUAAAGCCUGAGUGGGAGAUGCACAGCCUCCGGCCAUUCAGCAAGAACUUCUAUGUUCCGCACCUAAAUGUGUCGAACAGGACUCAUAAUGAGGUAGAAGGUUACCGUGUCAGAAACCAGAUUACUGUCAAGGGAAACAACAUGCCCAAUCCUAUCGAGUUCUUUGAAGAAAGCAACUUCCCUGACUAUGUAAUGAGGGAAAUAAGGAAGUGUGGAUUUAAUGAACCAACUUCAAUCCAAGCGCAAGGUUGGCCUAUUGCUAUGAGUGGACGUGACAUGGUAGGAAUUGCACAGACUGGUUCUGGGAAGACACUAGCAUAUAUUCUGCCUGCAACAGUUCACAUCAACAACCAGGAAAGACUGACUCGUGGUGAAGGCCCCAUUGCACUCAUUCUUGCACCGACACGAGAGCUGGCCCAGCAGAUUCAGAGUGUUGCCCAGGAUUUUGGUUCCUCUACAUAUGUUCGCAAUACUUGUAUAUUUGGCGGGGCUCCCAAAGGACCCCAGGCACGCGAUUUGGAGCGUGGCGUUGAAAUUGUUAUCGCUACCCCUGGGCGACUAAUAGAUUUCUUGGAGCGAGGAAUUACCAACCUUCGGCGAUGCACGUAUUUGGUGCUGGAUGAAGCUGACAGGAUGCUUGACAUGGGUUUUGAACCACAGAUCCGCAAAAUUCUUGAACAGAUACGGCCUGACCGACAGACUUUAAUGUGGUCAGCUACAUGGCCGAAGGAAGUGCGUAAUUUAGCUGAGGAAUUCCUAACAGACUACCUUCAAAUUAACAUUGGGUCCCUGCAGCCUGCAGCCAACCAUAACAUUCUACAGAUUGUAGAUGUGUGUCAGGAACAUGAGAAGACUGGCAAACUGACGGAAUUGCUACAAGAGAUAAGCUCAGAACGCGAGGGCAAAACCAUAAUCUUUGUAGAGACAAAGAGAAAAGUAGAAGACAUUACAAGGCAUAUUCGUAAAUGGGGAAUUCCGCAACGGAAAGUCGAAUAUCCUGGUUGCCACCGAUGUGGCCGCACGAGGUCUAGAUGUGGAUGGUAUUAAGUUUGUGAUCAACUUUGACUACCCGAACUCGUCUGAAGAUUACAUUCAUCGAAUUGGGCGCACUGGACGUUGUCAGAUGACAGGAACCUCGUAUGCCUUCUUUACACCAGGCAAUAGUCGUCAGGCCAGAGACCUAGUUGCUGUUCUUAGAGAAGCUAAUCAGGUUGUAAACCCAAAACUGGAUGAGAUGGCUAAUCGAGGAGGAUUUGGAGGCAGAGGUCGCUGGGGAAACAGUGGAUUUGGGCGUCAACAGAAUGGAUUUGGUGGUGCCAAAAGGUGGGAAGGCAAGAACAAUAAUGGUGGUUUUGCAGGAAAGAUAAUGAAGGGAGGUGAUAUGGCAAACAGGAAUAAACCAUCGCGUUUCUCUGCUGUUGGAAAGCCUCCCCAGCCACAGGUAGGGAAUAAUUAUGGCUACAGCCAGAGGAUAGGAGGAGAAAACAAGUUCAACGUCCCUCCACCACCACCACCAUCUGGUGACAUGAAUUGGAUGAAGCAGUUUUCGCAACCUCCCAAGACAAGCAAACCUGUCCUGAGCGUGAAAGAACAGUGUAAUGUUCGAGGAAUGACAGCACCAGGCAACAGUAAUGUCUACAGUUUCCCACCAUUAAUGAAUGUUUGUCCUCAGAUGCAAACUGUCCAACAGUAGACAUCAUAAAAUCUAACAAUUUGGCUCAUUUCACGUACAGCCUGCAUCUCAGGGUGGACUGAAGGUUGUCUUCUUGGAUAUAUUUUCUAUAUAUGAAAAUGGAUAUCCUUUCACAAAGUCUAGAAAACGACCAGAUUUUUAUUCCAUGAUCUAUUAUGAUGGUCUGUACAUAGAAAUCUUCUGCAUAUUAUGUGGACAUGGGUGAGGUGCAGACGUGGAGGUGGUGCAAGGACCUUUGUCUCAUUGGAGUAUCUGGGCUGUGUCCAUGCUGGUUUCUCAGCAGCAGAAACCCAGAGAACAGUAUUUAUGAUAUUUGAAGCACAUGAAACUUGCAUUUUUUUUUUUUAAUUUAAAUGGUGAAAAAUUCCUCAGGUUGGUUGUUCAUGGUCCAGUUGAAUACUGAGGCCGGAAGUGGGACGUCUUUGGUGUCCGUUAUGUGAUGAGGAAGCACGAGAUCAAUGCAGCUGUAGACUUUGAUAUUACUGACAUGCGUUGUAUUCCAGCAUAAUGUCAUUCCAGUAUUUUAUUUUUUAUUCGUUGUCAAGAAAGUGGACAAUUAAUUUGAAAUUCAGUAUCACUACAUGACAUUUUGUCAUUUCACUUACAUGGUGUGUUAAUUUAUUUCUUAGUUGUACUUGUUACACCUUACAUUAUAGUAUGUCUUAAAACUCAUUUUUAUUGUAACACAGGUGUAUAUAAAAGUCUCUGUACUGUGCAGUAAUGUCACAUAAAAUUAGUAGUGUACACAGAAGGAAUGCUUGUAUCUUACGUCCCACACUUUUUAUUCCUUGAUUGCUAUGUGUCAAAUGCCCUCUGCAUAGUGUCACUUUAUCCAGGCUAUCAUGGUCUCUAAUUUGAACAUUAAUUUUUUUUUUCUUAAUUUUUCUGAUGAGAGAUCUGUAUAGUUGCUGUUAAAUUGUACAUACUCAAAGACAGAUUAUGAUGCACAUUUCAAAAUAUUUCCUCCAGUUCUGGUAAGUUAAUGAGCUAGGAUGUACACAGCAGUCAGCCAUAGAUGAGAAUUUAAAAUCUUAUAAUGGUCUUCAAAUAUGAAACAUGAUCUCACUAUUUUAUUCGCUGUUUUUCCUGCCUUUCUGACUGUGUUACUUUGUGUAUUUUAAGUAGUUCAUUCAAAUAAAAAUAAUUAAAUCUG